AUGGAUGUCGGGGCGGUGGUCGUGGAACCAAGGAACCGCUUCUCAUCGAUGCGGUCAUUGGCAAAACGGUUAAACGCAACCGUCGACUCGGUGCCCCAUACAUGGCUAAAGAGGGUCCUCGAACUGUAUAAAGUAGACUGUACAGUAAGAGACUUCCUCGAGCACUGUAUGGGGCAAUGGAGUACGAUCCUUUGUCAUCUAGGCGAGCGGAUGACGGCUACGGAAUACCGGAUAAGGAUACGACGGGGUAUUUUCCAGGGUGACUGUUUGAGCCCAAUAUUUUGCCUCUCUCUGAAUCCUCUCAGCGUAUUACUGGAGGGCUCGGGGGGAGGUUUUCAGCUUCGGAGAGGAGGGACAAAAGUGACCCACCUUUUCUACAUGGAUGACCUCAAAUUAUUCGCCUCCAAUCGCUCCCAUUUGAUGGAAUUGCUUAAAGUCACUUGUGAUUUCAGCAAUUCUAUCAAAAUGGAGCUUGGGACGGAUAAGUGUGCGGUCCUCCAUGUUGAAAGGGGUAGGGUCGCUAAUACAGAGGGCAUAGACUUAUCUACGCCCGUUAAUAUAAGGACUCUCUCUGAGGCUGAAACAUACCGAUACCUGGGUAUGUCACAAAACAUGUGUAUCGAUGAGGCUGGCAUGAAACAGUCAGUUCGUGACGUGUUUUUAGCACGCCUGACAAAGGUGUUUAACAGCCAUUUGUCAGGCGUGAACAAGGCACGCGCAUUUAACGGCUGGGUUAUGCCAGUCCUCAUUUAUACCUUUGGCAUACUCAGGUGGACUCAAACUAAGCUCAACGCCCUGGAUCGAAAAGUCCGCACAACUAUGACGUCCCACAGAAUGCACCAUCCGAGAUCGUCAGUGAUGAGACUGUACCUGCCGCGGAAGCAUGGUGGGAGGGGCUUUUUAAGCGCCCUCACCAUGCACAAUCGCGAGGUGUGCAGCCUCCGUAACUACUUUCUGGCGAGAUCGGAUGAGUCGAUCUACACGGACGUCAUUAGUUGUGAUGAAGGACUUACCCCUCUAUCCUUAGCCAACGAUCAAUGGCAGGACCCGGGAGUACUGAGCGUUUUCGACCGGGAGGCCGUAUGGAAGGAGAAAGAGCUCCACGGGAGGUUCUACAAGGCUCUACACGAGCCUUUUGUAGAUACUCUGGCUCUAACUGGCUACGUUUCGGUGACCUCUUUGGGGAAACCGAAGGAGCUCGCUCUGAAAUACGGCCUCGUGGAUCGAAAACUGCCGUACUACAAGUACUCUCCGGGGGCCGUGCUCGAAAAUGACCGCGCCAGGCUCUAUUGGGAUCGGCCCACCAUCACGGACAGGACGAUUGUCGCGAACAAACCUGAUAUCGUGGUGAUGGACCGGGCACAGUCGCGGGUAUUUUUGGUCGACAUUACCAUUCCAUAUGACGAAAACCUCGUGAAAGCCGAAACAGAUAAGAAGACAAAGUAUCUGGACCUGGCUCACGAGGUGACCGACAUGUGGGGUGGUGUGCCGACCGAAAUUAUCCCGAUAGUCGUUUCUGCCAAUGGGUUAAUCCCAAUCAGCCUCUCUAAACAUCUGAGGCGACUGGGACUCCGGGACGGAUCGCUCCAAGCUCAAAUGCAGAAGGCGGUGCUCCUCGAUACCGCCCGCAUCGUCCGCCGCUAUGAAGACUAUAAAAUU